UCAGCUGGCUCUCUUUCUUUCAGCUUGUUUGGGGAAUCAAUUGCCGAGUAUUUCCUCAGCUCGUCCUACCUACCCAGAAACCCUCCUGGCUGGUACUCAGAGAUAACAGACAAAAUGAAAGACUCUUCAACCUCCUGCCAUCUGGUCAGCAUGUUCAAGGUUAAACAUUGCUGCACUGUACCUCAGCAGGUUGAGAGAAUGCUAGUUGAUUGGAACUUGCAAAAGAGACAGGACCAUUUGCUACGCCUUUCAGGUCUGAGAUUCAUGUACCGCAAAGCCCAGCAUAACCAAGCAUACUCCACCCUCCUCCUGCAGCAGAGACUUCAGUCUCCUCACUUUAACCUGGAUAUGACUGAAGGACCCAGUCAAUCUCUAACAGCAGAGAACGCACUACUGACAGAAUAA